AUGGGAGUGCUGGAGACGUAUCUGCCCAAGAAGGGAGGGGCUGCCAGAGGAGAAAACGUGGAAACAAGGUCUCCGGCCCUUACAAGACCCGCUGCCCCGGUAAGGGGCUGGUCCAAAGGUCGCAGACCGGGGGGCGGCGAGCUGAACCCGGCACUGGGCGGGCUGGGGGCAGCGGUCCAGGGCGGGGAUUGUGUGCGCGCCCCCCUGGGCCUGUGCGCUCUCUGCCGGCCCAGUGAGCUCCCGCAGCUCUGCACCGAGCACAUGGAGGCUCCCGCGGAGCCCGCGCCCGGCCCGGGAGGUUCGGACAGCGCGUCCGAGCGCCUCAAGCUGAGCAGCUUGCUGCUAUCCGGCUACCGAGAGGAACUGCGGGCGCUCCUGGUCCUGGCGGGCCCCGCGUUCUUGGCCCAGUUGAUGAUGUUCCUGAUCAGUUUUAUAAGUUCAGUGUUCUGUGGUCACCUGGGCAAGUUGGAGCUGGAUGCAGUCACACUGGCAAUUGCGAUUAUCAAUGUCACUGGCAUUUCAGUGGGACAUGGCUUAUCUUCUGCUUGUGACACCCUUAUCUCCCAGACAUACGGGAGCCAGAACUUGAAGCAUGUGGGGGUGAUCCUGCAGAGGGGCUUGCUCAUCCUGCUCCUGUGUUGCUUCCCCUGCUGGGCACUCUUCAUCAAUACGGAGCACAUCCUGCUGCUCUUCAGGCAGGACCCGGAUGUGUCCAGGCUCACCCAGACCUAUGUCAUAAUCUUCAUUCCAGCUCUUCCCGUGAGUUUUCAAGGGGUCCAUGGGUGA